UUGUUAAGCCUAUGCAGAGCUGAGAAGUAAUCAUAAUAAGACGUGGAAAAAGUUGACAUUUGCCGUUCAACAUUCAAUAUUCUGACAUUUUACGUUUUUACUAAUCAAUGUUUUUUUUCGACAUGACAUGGAAAAUAUGUGAAAUAUCAAUUAAAGUGAACGUAUUUAUAAAGUGGUAUGAGUUACUAAGGACUAAGAAGCAACGUUUAGAGUUGAUAAAAUGUCAUCCUUAGAGACGAUUAGUGAAAGGUGUUUAGCUGUUUGCCAAGUUCCUACUGAAUUAACCAGAGACAUCGUAUGCAGUCAUGUACAAAGACAUUUUAAAUAUGGGCGGAUACUGGAUUUGGACCAAGUCUGCGGAAUCGAAAGUAGGCCUUUUACGAGAAUAGUGCUUUUAUGUUCGUCAGCAGAAGAUGUAGAUCAUAUGUGUAAAGAUGUGAGUGAGGAAGAAAUCUGCAUAGAAAACAGGUCUGUCCUGUUGAAAUAUCAGAAAGCAAUAGUUUGUGAACUUCCGGACCGAUGGAAAAAUUUUGAGAUACCAGAGCCAGAUAAUAAUCAAACUCCUACCCUUGUUGGUUCUAAGCAAAGACACCAGCAGGCAGAUACAGGACCAGAACUACCUCGCAGUAGACCAGAGCAACAAGAACCUGCGGGAAUAUACCAACAACAAAUACCACAGUAUGCAUGGCCUCCAGGAGUCCAUGGUGCUAUGUCAGGAUUUUAUCAAAACAUACCAAGUCACAUGCAUGGAGGUGGUGAUCAGAACAUGAAUCGAGGUGGUAUGCAUCAUCAGAUGCCAGCGUAUGGACAUGCACAAGGUCAAGAUAAUAAAGGAUAUGGGCGUUCUCCAACAGGAUUCUCGGGGCAUGACCAUGGUAACAGUUUGGGUUCCCAGCAAACAGGUCAAAAUCAGAAUUUUCCAUUUGGACAAAUGGGAUUACGAUUUCCUUAUCGGGGUCUCGGACAGUUCCCACCUGAUAACUUUCCUGUCUGGGGAAUGCCUCGAAUGCCACCGAAUGUCGAUUCUGAUCAACAGGAUAUUCUAGGACAAAAUGUACCAUUUCAGCCUAUGUAUAUUUGUGCUAAAACAGGUCAGAUGCUCCCAGUCCAUGGACAAGGAUUCCUUGGUAUGGCGCACCAGCAAGUAGAAGCAGUAAGUGAACCUCAUCGUCAGCAGCCUCCUAGACCAUCUCCACCUUACAAUGAUAAAGAGUUCAAAGAAGAUAAGCGACCGCAUGAAACUGUGCAUGAGGAACCAGCAUAUAAAAGACCAGAGGAACCAGAAAUGCAAGGUGCUGGAGAGAAAUCAACAAAAAUUGUGGUCAGCAACCUGCCUGCAACUGCUCAUGACGAAUAUUUGGAAAUGUUCUUCGAGAACAAAAAGAAAUAUGGGGGUGGCACCGUAUUGAAUGUUGACAUUGACGAAGAUAAUGCUACUGCUGUUGUAGAGUUUGAGGAACUAGAAGCUGUCAAUAUUGUCCUUGGUAAAUGUCCAUUGAUAAUGAUGGGACAGGAAGUAGAAGUGAGCAUAUACAAGCCAGAACCACCUGUUCCGCUGUGUACUAUUGAAGUAACUGGUCCUUGCAGUGUUGUGUGCCAAGAGCAACUUGAGACUUUGGAAAUGUACUUCGAGAGUGAAAAACGUUCAGGUGGUGACGACAUAGUUGACUGCAAAUUCGACUCUGGAAUGAAAAUGGCCCUAAUAUCAUUUGAACGUGAAGAAGUUGCAAAGAGGGUGGAAGAAAGGGGGAAUCAUGUUGUAAAUAAAGAAACACUUACAGUAAAGCUUCAUACUCCAAACAAUAAGUCAAAAAGGUCAGACAAACCAGAAGAAACGGUAGAAGAUAAACCGGAGACUUCAGGAACAAUUAAAGUGAAAGGAGUGGACAAGUCCGUAUCGAGAGAUACGGUGGAGUUAUACUUUGAAAACACAAAACGUUCUGGAGGCGGCGAUAUUGAUAACGUCCAAAGUGAUGAAGAGGAAGAGGAUGUUCUCUAUAUCACAUUUAAAGACAAACAUGGUAAAUCUAUAUUGUGUUUAGUUUUAGAAAAUCCCCAAUUUUUCUUUUUUUUCUAUAAAUUGAAUAACCAAUAAACUUGCUUAUUAUGGCCUCCUUUAAAGUAAGGGUAAGCAUAGUAUUUAAAGUGGUAUGUCCUUCAGCUAGCAUAUGAUCUGGUAAUGCGAAUUUGAUCUGUAACUGAGGUGAUUAAGAUCGCUGUUGCCCCUAAUCUAUUUAGGUUUGGUCCCAGCUCUGGUCGUAAUGUUUGGAAGUUAUCCAGCCGGCUUUCAGAAGGUCGAGGACUCGCGGGGUUCUCCUGUACUGCUUUAAGAUGGAAAAUACCCGUAUGGCAUAAACUCUGUCGUCAGUGUAGUUUAAAAUCCAAAUAAAACAAAUUAAUAUAUAGCCAUUAUACAGCAUAUGCUAAUUUCUACAGUUAUAUAAUAUAGUAGUGCCGAAUGAUUGACAUAGGUUCAUAACUCGUACUACCAUUUUCAUGAACUUAUGCCCCUUUUUGUAGUUGUGCAUACAGGGAUGCCCCUGUAUGUAUUUGUGCGUGCGUUCAUGCGCCUGUGUCUAUAUAUUAUGUGUCUGCACCGUGCCCUAUGGAUACAUUUCUUGUUAGUAAAUAGAUGUAAACCUGGUUAGCAUACCGAUAUAGGAGAAUUACAUGCGGCUAAAAAGGUUCAAAUUGAAUGUUCCAGUCAUGACAGCAGUCAGUUUUAUGUAAACAACAAGAAAAUCCGAAAUAUGGAGUAAUUAUUGCUAAGGAAGUCUCUGUAAUGUAAGAACUGUGAAAUAAAGUGAUAUUUCUGUCAAGUAUUGACUUGUUCCAUCAAAACUACUUCUACUGUACUGUCUGUUUUGAAGAUAAUUUUCUCCUGAUUGAAUUUACCAUGUGAAAAUCGUGAAAAAUGUAAAUAGAGACCUCCCCUGCCUGAAAUAUUUUUUCAACUAUACUGAGCAUAAAAAGAUUGAAACCAGUAAAUAACACACUAACAAUAUAAUCAGUAUGAACUACUUAGACUGUUUCGCGUCUGAAACUCCAAUAUCGUUAAAUAUGGAAAGAGAACUAUCUACACAUAUUGAUGACACUGAACUUAGACACUGAACUUAGUGUUACAAGCACGUGUAGAUCAGCUUGAACAGAAAAUAAUAAUAAUAAAAUAAUAAUAAUAAAAAAAAAAAUAAAAAAAAAAAAGAAAAACAGAAAGCUGAAAACGCUGAGCUAUAUUGCCAUAGGAGCUGUCUGCGAAUCAGAGGUGUUCCCGAAAAGGGAUUGUCUAACAUUAGAUUCUAUACAAGGGAAACUCGAUGUUACCAAUGAUCAAUUGUCAUAGGAGAACGGUGAUGACUUGAAUGUCACAAACAAAGGUGAAAAGAGGUCGACUAAUAGCAAAGUCAGACAACUUGUUCUUGAAAUUAUCGGUCAGAUGUCAGAUAUAGAUCGAUUCAUCAAAUCGGUCAAAAGAAUCCCGGUAAAACCUAGGAACAUAUUAGUCACUCCAUUCGGAGACCGAGCUAAUGAAGAUAAAAAGCCCAACGCCUAUUACUCAAGACCCAAUUGUCAAUUAAUAUAGUUGGGGUCAAUAAAUAUUGACCAUUUAUUAUAACACUGAUUUUUGUUGAACAGUAUACAGAUAUACUAAAGUACAGAACAUAUUGAUGUAUACAGAUACUGUUACGCAUGGCGGCAUGAAUGAACAAUGACUUUACCUGUAUAUCUAUUUUUUACUGCAUACAACCGGACACAGGUGAACAUUACUGCUACUUUGAUGUACACAAACAUACGGCAAAGCAUAUUAACAGUUUUUUUUCUAUUUUAACAAAAUAUGUGCAGUCCGCCUAGAUUGAUAAUGAAACCGUAUAUUAUGAUCAACAUUUAUCAAUUAUCAUUGAAUUGCGUACUCAAUACCUUCUACAGUUUCCAUCAAAUUCAGUUUAAACUUUGAAUACGUCUUCUUCAUGAACAGGACAUGCUCAUA